GUAACCCCUCCCUGUCCGGACCUCGCCGCGCCGUCGAGGGCGGGGCCAGCGCCUGACCCUCGCUCACCCUGCCGGCCUCGGGUCGCCAAACCCUUCCCGGUCCCCGCCCCCCCCAUUCCCAGGGGGAUCCUGGAGGCGGAGUGCGCCUCCAUCCCCCACCACCCGGUCCCUUGGCUUCUUAGGGCUCAGCCGACCAAACCCCCCACUUCCGCGAAAGGGCAGGGGCGGGGUCACGAAACGGGCCUUCAGCCCGGGGGCGGAACUUUUCCUAAGGGACCUGGCCAAGGCAUCCCGAACGGGAGCUGGCGUUGGCUUCUUAAGGAGGGGGGUGGGGGUGGGAGUGAUGUGUGUGAGAGGAUGCCCAGGGUAUUGGGGUCAGGGUGGCAUUAGCCCAGCUCAAGCCGAACGAGGCUGACUCAGCGACCUGCCCCCGGCCAGCCCCCAUCCCGCCGGUUGUUCUCUCUCUGGGGCAGAGAUGGGAGAUGGCGCCGGUGCUGCCACUGGUCCUGCCGCUCCAGCCCCGCAUCCGGCUGGCACAGGGGCUGUGGCUGUGCUCCUGGCUGCUGGCGCUGGCCAGCGGCCUCACCCUCCUCUGUAGCGGGCACCUUCUGAUCCAGCUGUGGCACCUUGGCACCUUCCUGUCUCCAUCCUGCCCAUUCCCUGCCCUGCCACGGACUGCUCUGGCAGCAGGCGCCUUGGCCCUGGGCACAGGACUGGGGGGUGCAGGAGCCAGCCGGGCAAGUCUGGAUGCGGCUCAGUACCCAGCCUGGCGGGGGGUCCUGGGCCCCUUGCUGGUGGCUGGCACUGCUGUGAGUGGGGGGCUCCUAGUCCUGGCCCUGGGGCUAGCCCUGGGUUUGCCUAGCAGUCUGGAGGAGGGGCUGGAGGAGGGCCUUGGGACCGCCUUGGUUCACUACAAGGAUACAGAGGUGCCGGGACACUGUCAUGCCAAGCGGCUGGUGGAUGAGCUGCAGCUAAGGCACCAGUGCUGUGGGCGCCACGGCUACAAGGAUUGGUUUGGGGUCCAGUGGGUGAGCAGUCGUUACCUGGACCCUGGUGAUCAGGACGUGGCUGACCGGAUCCAGAGCAACGUGGAAGGCCUCUACCUGAUAGACGGCGUCCCCUUCUCCUGCUGCAACCCCCACUCACCUCGGCCCUGCCUGCAGAGCCGUCUCUCCGACCCCCACGCCCACCCCCUCUUCGAUCCUCGGCAACCCAACCUGAACCUCUGGGCCCAAGGGUGCCAUGGGGUGCUGCUGGGAUACCUGCAGGGCUUGGCAGGCACACUGGGCAGCCUGCUGGCCGUCACCUUCCUAUUGCAGGCUUUGGUGCUGCUGGGUCUGCGAUACCUGCAGACAGCGCUGGAGGGGCUGGGAGGGAUCAUCCAUGCAGAAGGAGACACCCAGGGCUAUCUCUUUCCGGCUGGGCUGAAAGACAUGCUGAAAACAGCUUGGCUUCAAGGAGGGGUUGCUCCCAAGCCAGCACCCCAGGAGGCUGCACCAGGCGAGGCACUACCCCAAGAGGGUCCACCUGAGGACCAGUGACCUGCAACAUGGGGUGUGGCCUGGGGGGAAGGGAAGAGGGAAGGAUAAAUCUGGAAACCUGGCACCUCGCACCCCUG